AUGGGUGGUCCAAUGUGCCCGAUGCAAAACGGCGGUGGCUUCCGAGGCCCCCCAAUUCCUCUGGUCGUCGUCCCCGUGAUCUAUCACUUGAUACAAUCGAAUCCCGAUUUGAAACUCACCAAGUACGUGAAAGACUUGUUGAACAAAGGCGGUCCGGUCAGUGUCGCCGAGAACGCCCAUCAUAUCGUUCAAUAUGUAUUAUCGAAGGUCCCAUCCAACGUGCUGUACUGGUUCGGCACCAAGGUUCUCCAGCUGAAGCCGGAGCUCGCCAUGCAGACGACGGAGUUUCUGAAAUCAAGGACACAACUGGAGCCUCCGCCCGAGAAAAGUAUUGUGGGGAACGAUUUGGGGAGGCUCGAAUCCUCUGAUGCUCUCACCAUUCCAUCGGACAUUGAGCGACGCCUUGAGAAGCUCGAGAUGGAUUAUCAGAUGCUCCAGGAGAAGCACACGGAGUCACUCAAGCUGUUGACUUACAAGACGGAGGGCGUUGUGGAGAUCCCAAGAGAGCUCCCCUUGCCAACGCCUCCGGAGUCGCCAGAACUCCAAGCCCUUGUGUCGACUGAGCCGGGCCAGCUAGCAGCGACUCCUGAGCAGCCCCGGUCUCCUCGACCAGCUGCAAGCGACAUGGAGACCCAGGCCUUGCUGCAGGAGAUUGGUCUCCGGCUCGGAAAGGUUGUCCUGGAAUGGGCUGGUGACAUGAUGAAACAGAGCCUGAUGUCUGCUGCGUCUGCGAAACUUUCGAGCGACUCCAAGUUCGGCGCAGCAGGUGUAGAUCUUACCAGCCGGCUCGCGACCUCGCUUACAACUUGA